CCGGCGGGACCCCGGCAGGAAGCGGUCACAGCCAAUCGGGGCCGGGGCCGCCGCCCCGGGACCGGCCGGUCCGUUCCGCGCCGCCUUCCCGCACUUGCUGCAAGACAGAAGACUCCUCCUGAGGACACCCAGGGCAGUGCUUCCUUCUGCCUCCUUCCCCAGGCCUUGCCCACAUCAAGGAUGCUCAGCCCCCUGCUUGCCCUGGGAGCGCUGCUGCUCAGCCUGGCAGGUGCCCUGGAGAUCCGGGUGCCGGAGGAGCCCGUGGUGGGGCUGUUCGGCCGCGACGCCACCCUGCGCUGCUCCUUCUCCCCCGACGCCGACUUCAGCCUGGCCGACCUGACCCUCAUCUGGCACCUGACGGACACCCAGCGCUCGGUGCACAGCUUCUCGGGCGGCCGGGACCGGCUGGAGGACCAGAGCGGGGCCUACGCCAACCGCACGGCGCUCUUCUACGACCGGCUGGCGCAGGGCGACGUCUCCCUGCUGCUGCGCCGCGUGGCCAUCGCCGACGAGGGCAGCUUCACCUGCUUCGUGCGCGUGCGCGAGCACCGCAGCGCCGCCGUCACCCUGCAGGUGGCAGCUCCCUACUCCAAGCCCGUCGUGAGCCUGGAGCCGCACCAGGACCUGAAGGCCGGCGACCUGGCGGCGGUGAGCUGCUACGCGUCCCGCGGCUACCCCGAGGCCAGCGUCCUCUGGCAGGACAGCCAGGGCAGCAACAUCACAGCCAACAUCACCACCUCCCAGGUGGCCAACCAGGAAGGUCUCUUUGAUGUCAACAGCGUCCUCCAGGUGCUGGUGGAGCCUGGCAGCACCUACUCCUGCUUGGUGCACAACCCGGUGCUGCAGCAGGAGGCCAGAGCUUCCGUCACCAUCACAGGCCAGCACCUGGCCUUCCCCGCGGCGGCGCUGUGGGUGUCGCUGGCGCUGGGGCUCUGCGUGCUGCUGCUGCUGCUGCUGCUGCUCCACAUCUGCCUGAAGAAAAUCCGCCAGAGCGCCGAGCAGGAGGAGCACAACGCAGGGACAGAGGAGCAGGAGGAGGAGGGGGAAGAGCCCAAGACAGCCCUGCAGCCACUGAAGAGCCUGGAGAGCAAGGAUGAUAAGGAGCAGGAGAUCGAUUGA